AUGACGCUUGUUGGUCUUCAUCGUCUGGCCAUGGACAGUAUGGCGGCCUGUUUUUGUUGUUUACGAUGUUGCGCCCUUGGAAGUGGUUUUAGUUCUGGGCAUGUACCUCUUAAAGACCAACCUGCUGUCAAACUUGACACUACACACAUGGGUAAUGAUGUUGUCAUUGUUAAGAAUGGAAGAAGAAUAUGUGGAUCUGGAGGAGCUCUAGCCAAUGCUCCAAUUGUACAGAAUAAAGCUUAUUUUGAAAUCAAAGUUCAAUGUGGGGGGUCCUGGGGUGUUGGUUUGGCAUUAAGAAAAGUAGACUUGAAUUCUCUCCCUUUGGGUAAGGAAGCAGAUUCAUGGGUUCUCAGAAGAGAUGGUAAAUUAUAUCAUAAUGGAGAUGUGAAGAUCCAAAUACCAGAACUAGCUCAAGAAGGAGACAUCAUUGGUUUGGCAUAUGACCAUGUAGAUCUGAAUUUCUUUUUGAAUGGCAAACCUACAAACACACCAGUGAGUGGACUUAAAGGUACUUUAUACCCAGUGAUGUAUGUUGAUGAAGGUGCAGUUUUAGAUGUCCAGUUUGGUACAUUCUACCACCACCCACCAGAUGGUUUUGAUAAAAUCAUGAUUGAACAGUCACUGCUUUGA